AUGUCAGACUCAGAGGACUCCGGUUCCGAGAACCCUUACGCUGACCUUCUCCCCCCAGGUGUCGGCACCAUCACAGCCUCCCAGGUCAGAGCAGAGAGAGAUCGGCUCGCACCUGAAAUCUUCACCAAAUGGGCUGUCCUCAGUGACAUCGUGCAGCGUCACGAGGCAACAAUUCAGAACCGAUGGAUCCGCAAGUCGAAGCCCAAACGCAGGUCGAUUCUGCUCCAAUGCUUUCCCGGCAUGCCCAAGGACCACCUCCCAGAUGUGGCCGCUUGGAAGAGGAAGCCCAAGGGCACCUUUCUCAACUUUACGAACCAGGACGCUUAUCUCAUGCCCUACCUCAACCUGGAAGACCUUUCCAAGACGGAACCCUUGCUGAUCAUGCUCAACGCCCGCGGCCGCCACCGCCCCGAUGAGUUCGCCCACUCCGAUGUCGCCGCCUAUCACGUCGGCCUGGUCACCCAGAGCAUCGACCGCCCUUUCCUCAACGAGUACGUGCUCAUGUUCCGCGGACGCGCCCACCCGGACACCUACGGUCAGGUCUACCACUGGGACGACCACGAGGAUGCCUUCUUCUGGAUGCACGAGGCCAGGGGGCUCGUGCCGGGCGACGGCCUCAACUGCCUCAGGAUACAGGCCAAGCUCUACGAUUUCUUGGUCCGCUGCUGCCUUGCCAUUCUUCACGAUAUCAGCCCGGACGAUAUGCUGAGGCCGCAAUACCCCGUUGUCGACGAACCCCCCCGCGUUUCUGCCACGGACAGCGACCCUGAGGCGCCGACGUCCCUCGCCGUCACCAAGUUCGAAUCCACCUACCGACCCCCCGCUCACCUGGACCUCGACCGUCUCGAGACCGUCGUCGCCGCCCAAGUGGCCAAACUCGAGGACGAUCUGUGGUCCAUCCGAGAAGACCCCGAAGCUUUCGCCCACGCCAUCCUGGAGGACAAGGAGCACCGCCAGGAGAUGCUGCUCGACACCAACGGAAACCCGCACCCCAGCCUCGACCCCCUGCGCAUCCACGUCUUCUGGCACCGCGUCAUCAACAGCGCCCUCGUCGACCGGAUCGUAUCGUUGGGCGUCUGGCAAGUCGCCCUCGACAAGGUCAUCCAGCUCCGCCAGGCCAUGGACAAGCACAAGGAACAAGUCGACCCGGCGAAGGACCUGCCGGAAGAGCUGGCCAUGGCUUUCUACCACCUCUGGGCCGCUCUCGAGCGCAUGGAAGCCGGCCCCGUAUCCACCCUGAAGAAAACCUUCCCCGGCUCGCCGCCUAUGCGGAGUCACUUUGUGCGCCAGCCGCCGCCGAACCCCCAGACCCCCAUGAUCCAGGUCGUUUCCAAGGACAUGGCCCGCACCCCGGCAGACCAGGAACUCCUGGCCAUCAUGCGGAUGCUCUGGGAUGACCAGGAGCGCUUCCUCCUGACGACCCCGGUCCUGCUCGACAUGCUCGACAGUCUCACCCGGAAAGACCCGUCGGUCCAAGCCCUGCUGACGUCCCACGUCCGCGACCAGCUCGGCCAUUUCGCCCUCAUCUCCGAGUGUCUCCGCCAGCUCAAGUUAUUCCGGCCUUGGGCCGACACCUUCGAGACCAAGAUGAUGGAAGCGCGCGAGCAGAUCGACAAGGACUUUGUCGACCGCACGCGGUGGAUGGGCCCCAUCAGCCAGAUGAGCCUGAACAACGACUUUGCCAAGCUCGGCGUGCCCGCCGACGGGCGGUUCCGCUACCCGGCGGCCAAGAAGCGGACCAGGGAGAACGUCGAGGCCAUGCGCUCGGCCGAGGCGGCCCUCGACGCCUUCUGGGCCGGCUUCUUGGCUUCGUACCAGCGGACGCUGAACCCACGGCUGCGGGAGAUUCUCGUGGAGCGCCAGCCCCAACGGACCCCGCCCUGGGCCGAGACACAGCGGCCGCCGGCUCCACCGCAAGGUCGGGCCGCUGGCGAUGCCUCCUCCACUUCUUCCCCUCCCUCUUCGUCCCCUUCCUCACUCGCGACGCCGUUUGGCGGAUUGAACGUCAACGACGAAUCGGAAAGCUCGAGCAACCGCCCUGCUGCUCCUCGUGCACCCAAGGUGAAGAUCCGGGGCGUCCCAGACGCGACCAAGGCGGGGGAAGCAGCAGUAAUCCCUCCCACCGUCGCCACCGCUCCUGAACACGCUGGAGGCGAGACCAGCAACAGCAAGAACAACAGCAACGCCCCCGUGCUACGCGUAGAUCGACGAUCUCUCAAAGCCUUCCGGGCUCUCUUCUUCUCGCCCGACGCCGCCCACCAAGCGGGCGAGACCAACUGGGCCGACUUCCUCUACGCCAUGACCAAGGUCGGCUUCUCGGCCGAGAAGAUGUACGGGUCUGUCUGGCAGUUCAGGCCGCGCUUCACCGCCGCCGUCCCCACCGGGGAUGACGCUGCCGUGGGUGGCAGGCCGCUGCAGGUGCACGAGCCGCAUCCGUCCAGCAAGAUCCCCUUCUGGUUGGGGCGGCGUCUCGGAAGGAGGCUGAAUCGCAUAUCAUCUGACAAGAUGAUCAGCCGUCCUCAUCGCUCCAAGCUUCGUUCAGGUCCGUUUUGGAGACAGAUGCUCGGUGUGCCGCGGGUGUACCAUGACAUCCGCAGCCUCCGUUCCACCGCUAUUGACGAAAAGAGACUGUCGAUUCCGACUGGACCUGACGUUGCAGUCACGCCGAUGGCUAUCUACAUCUUCGCGUUCGGCACCUCGCUCGCCAUGGAGCCCUCGUGCUUGUCGUCAUCAAGCCUUAAGACCACCAUCAAGAUGAAGCCCACCAUGGCCCUCUUCGCCGCUGCUGCCGGCAUCCUCUCCUUCCUUCCCUUCGUCACUGCGUGCGAGGAACGCGACAUCAUGCCCGCCAACAUCCGCAGGGACGACGGCGAGGUUGCGAAACUCGAAUGUCAUUCUGCUUGCGGCAAUGCUAUCGCGGGCGCCAGCGACGAAGCAGAUUGCGCCGACUCGGCCUGGCGCGGCGACUUCGACAAAUGCGUCCAGUGCGCCGAGAAAGUCAAAAUCUGGGAUCACUACAAGCCGGGCGUAGCCAAAGCGGCGCAAGUCUGCGGGCUCAAGCUGACGGAGGGCCACAAGUCGGACCAUGACACCACGAGCACCACUGUCAUCGUCAAGGCCCACGCCGACGGACGCGAUAAGGAGAACAGUGCCGACGCUCUUUUCACGUCGUCUUCGGGCGCCGUUCUUUUCGCCAUGCUGACUGCUGUUGGCCUGCUCUGAUUUUUUUUAAAAACAAAAAGUCUUCGAACCUACGGGACCUACGGAACCUAGAAAACAUAACCCCCCACGGGGCUUUGCUCCCACUCCCGAGGGGGGGAUAUCGAGUUAAGAAUGACUGGGCAGUGUCCAGCAGAACUGUUCAUUGCACGGUCGGCAUGGCUCUACUUUGGUUAGGCGAAGUGCUUUUUAGCUUGGGGGAAACGACCUCGUAGCACUUCGAGCCGACGUCGAAGUAUUUCCACUCGUUAGAUUCUACGCCUUAGGGCGAUAUAUCAGGAGCGCACCCGCCAAAAGACCUCAAAUUUCUCCUGUCUACCGUACCCCCUGUGCAUUGCCAUGUAGAGUACAUGUACCCUGUGACUGUGACCCGAUUGUUCAGUUUAGGAAGAAGGAUACUUUUAGAUGCCUGUUACUUGGCCUGCUAGAACGCCCCAUACAGAUCAAGAUGGUUAUACG